AAGUUCAAUUUCGACCAUUCAUAUAAAUACGACUCGCAAUAUCAAACAGCAUUAUUCAUAUCAAACUCAAGUAAUCAACAUGAUCGCUCAGGUCUUUCUCUUAGCUGCUUUGGCAACUGUUUCUCUUGCUAACUUGCACGAGCCAGUUCACCAUGCACCCAAACCUUAUAAAUUCGGAUACAGCAUCAAGGACAAACAUGGAGAACAACACAGAGAAGAAUCCGGAACCGGAGGACACGUAACUGGCAGCUACGGAUUCACAGAUGACAGAGGCAUCAAAAGACAAGUCAACUACGUUGCUGAUCAUGCUGGAUUCAGAGCACAGGUCAAGACCAAUGAACCCGGAACAGCCAAUCAAAAUCCAGCUGCCGUUCAACUGAUUUCUGAUGCCCCUUACACCGGUGGUGAAGGAUAUUUGGGUGUCCCUGCAGCAGCCGGUUACGGUCUUGGUGGUCUAGGUUACGGAUAUGGAGGCAUCGGUGCAGGAUAUGGUGUUGGAGGUUUAGGUUACGGUUAUGGAGGUCUUGGAGCAGGUUACGGUGGCCUCGGAUAUGAUGGAGCUUAUGGUGGAUAUGGAAAUCUUGGAUAUGGAGGAGCUUAUGGUGGAUAUGGUGGUUAUGGUUUGGGUAUCUUAGGAGGCUUGGGCUACGCCAGAUAUGGAUAUUAAAUUUUGUAAAAAAAUAGCAUGAAAAUAAAUUAUUUUGCAAUUUA